AUCUUUUGUAAAAAAAAAAAAAAAAUGGUGAAUGUGGCAGUCCAGUCUCCACCUAAACCCCUCUCUCAACCUUAACCCCAAAAGCCCUCGCGACGCGUCCACAGUUCAACUCCCGCAACUACCGCCUGCCGGAGGGCGACUUCGGUUGCCGUAGUACGUACUACUUCUGCCGCCGAUAUUUGAAUAAGUGACCGCACUAGGGGGACACUGGCGAUUGAGAGAUUAAUUUCGUUGACGCAUCAAAUCAAUGCGGAAGAACAUGCUCACCAUUCUUGCACAACCCCUCUUCUUGUAUAGGAUUCCCGUCUUGCCAAUAAAAAAGCAGAACAGUGUCACAUCCAUCCCCGUUGGCACUCCCUGGAUUAUGCCUCUCUUUGCUUGCAUAACAGAGGUUUUAAGUAACUAUAAGCAAGUUUCUACCCAGAUAUCUCCAGAGGAUGAGGAGUUCAGAGAUGAGAACUGGUAUCAAAUUCUCAAUGCUAUAGAAAAUGCUCCAAUGUCUGCCAGAGAAAUAUGCAGCUCCCAAAUUAGCAAUCUAUGCGAGUCUGGAAAUCUUUCUGCCGCUGCUAGAUUGCUUCAAUUCUUAAGGGAGAGAAACAUUUUUACCGCCCCAAACUUGUACAAUACCCUCAUGGAAGUAGCAGGUCGAAGAAAUGAUGUUGAAAUUUUGUGCCAGGUCUUCAAAGAUCUAAUUCUGUAUUGUAAAUCCCUUCCCUCAACUUCUUAUCUUACUCUAGCACGGGCUUUCUCUAGGAUAAACGAGCCUCUCUGUUUACUUCAACUUACCACAGAAAUUUCGGAGCUAAAAUAUCCAAGCAAUACUGUAGUUCUGAACAGACUCAUCUCUGCCUUUGCUGAGUGUGGCCAGUCGGAUAAAGCCCUUAUGAUAUUUUAUAAGAUAAAGAGUCUGAAGUGUGAGCCUGAUCUGGUCACCUACAAUACUAUCAUGGAUAUGCUAGGUCGUGCUGGUCAGACUGAUGAAAUGCUCAACAAAUUUGCCUCUUUAAAGGAUGCAGGGAUUAUCCCGGAUUUCGUGUCUUUCAAUACGAUAUUGAAUCACUUAAGGAGGAAGGGGAGGCUGGAUUUGUGUUUGGUAUACUUAAAGGACAUGUCAGCUAUUGGAAUUCAACCAGACUUACUCACUUAUACUGCUUUGAUUAGUAGUUUUGGACAAUCAGGAAACAUUGAGGAAGCGUUUAGACUCUUCAAUGAGAUGAAGACGAGACAGAUCCGCCCUUCUGUUUAUGUUUAUAGGUCACUAGUUAACUGCUUGAAGAAAAUGGGGAAGCUAGAGUUGGCAAUGACCAUACUAGGGGAGAUGAAUGCAUCUACAGGGAAUCUUGCCGGUCCAAAGGAAUUUAAGUGGAAAGGAAGAUAGAUAGGAACUAAAUUUUCUAUUUGGUUGUUCUGGGUUAUGGUUUGAUCUGAGUUCCUUAGCUUCAUCAAUUUUGCUGCCUAAGGAUAGAGGCUCAGCUUUUUUGAAUGCUUGGCUAGAUACUGCCAGUGGUAGGAGCUAGGAAAAACCUCACGUAACUCCCAGUUCAUGCUAUGACCCUUGGGGACACUGCAUUUUGUGGUUGCUUGUUUCUCAGCUGAAGCAACACCUCUUGAACCAUCCAUACUUCCCAGGCUUGCCCAUGGUAGUCGUGAAACUAGAUGAAGCAAUGCAAAGAGCAAACACUUGAGAGAUUGAUAACCCGGUUCUUCCAUAUGUGAAGUACUUGGCAGUUGAAAACAUUGUUCACAUUGGCCUUCCUGAUGUCCCCGUCAAGAUUUCUGCAGUCACAGGCACGUCAUUAGUGGGUAUUAAUGUUUGCGUGCUUUAUUUGAUUGGAAAUGUAUGAACACGAGAUUAAUGGACUUGAUGGUGGUGGUGUGUGGGGACAAAAUCCUGGUAUUCAUUUUAAAAG